ACACUAAGAGCUUCUAGUUGGUGUCACCUUAAACUCGGUUCGGGCUGGGGGUGAAUGUGAAAAUCUAGUCUGUUGCGCGAAAUCAAGUUUAGAGCUAUCAAAGAAACUCGCAGGAAAAAAUGUAUGAUGAAGCAGAAAAAACCAAACGUUGGGAAGGAGGCUAUGAACGCACUUGGGAAGUCCUGAAGGAAGAUGAGACUGGUUCCCUUAAAGCUACUAUUGAUGAUCUUCUCUCCAAAGAAAAACGGAAAAGGGUAUUUGAGCACCAUGGACAAGUCAGACUUGGAAUGAUGCGACACUUGUAUGUGAUAAUAGACAUGUCAAGAUCUAUGGAAGAUCAGGAUUUGAAACCGAACCGACUUACCUCAACAUUAAAGUUGCUGGAAUACUUUGUAGAAGAAUAUUUUGAUCAAAAUCCUAUUAGUCAGAUUGGUAUUGUUACUACAAAAAACAAAAGGGCAGAAAAGCUUACUGAACUUGCUGGAAAUCCAAAAAAACAUAAAGAAGCCUUAAAGAAAGCUGUAGGUUUGUCAUGCAGUGGAGAGCCUUCACUUUACAAUUCACUCAGCUUGGCCAUGGAGACUUUGAAGCAUAUGCCUGGACACACCAGCCGUGAAAUACUUGUCAUUUUUAGCAGUCUUACAACAUGCGACCCAUCCAACAUUAAUGACCUUAUGAAGUGCUUAAAAGCUGCUAAAAUCAGAGUAUCUGUGAUUGGCCUAUCAGCAGAAGUUCGAGUUUGCACUGUUCUCACCCGCGAGACAGGCGGUACAUACCAUGUUAUUUUAGAUGAGAGCCAUUUUAAAGAGUUGCUUAAUUAUCAUGUGAGCCCACCGCCUGCCAGUUCCAAUACAGAGUGCUCUCUCAUUCGUAUGGGUUUCCCCCAGCACACAAUGGUAUCCUUAUCAGAUCAGGACGCAAAACCAUGUUUCAGCAUGGCACAUUUAGAUAGUAAUAGUGGGCCAACCUUAACACUUGGUGGAUAUUAUUGUCCUCAGUGCAGAGCCAAAUAUACUGAACUGCCUGUGGAGUGCAAAGUAUGUGGUCUUACCUUAGUGUCUGCACCACACUUGGCCAGGUCUUACCACCACUUGUUCCCAUUAGAUGCGUUUAGGGAAAGUUCCUUGGAGGAGAUUCAGGCAGAAAGGUAUUGUCAAGGUUGCCAGGGAGAGUUGAAGGAUACAAAUGUAUACAUAUGCAAUGCAUGCCAGAACAUCUAUUGUGUGGAGUGUGAUAUAUUUAUUCAUGAUACCUUGCAUUGUUGUCCUGGAUGUAUUCACAAUCAAUCCAGUCCUUAGUAACCGUCAAAUACACGUUUUAAUUUAUUAAAGGAUUAUCACCUGUACCCAUUGCUAAGAGCCUCAUUUACUGAAAUGUACUUUGUAUCUACAACAGCUGACCUGAGAAAUGUACUUCUGACAGGAAGCUUUAUAUUUACUGUUUUUAUUCAAAAUAAAUAAUUUUGCAAUUCUAUCAAUUAUAUAAGUAA